UAGGAGACCGGCAUCGAGUACAAGGGGGCGCCCGCCUAGCCGAGAGCGCGCGCGUCCUCUCGAAUGCGGCAAGCGAACGUGACGUUCCACUGCUACGGCCUCUACCACUGGACUCUGUCGACACUGGUGCCCGCGCUGAGCGGACCCUCGCUACUAGCAGCGGGACCUAACGGAACGGGCCUCGCAAUGCUGGCGACCGCUGCGGCGCCCCAGGCGCCGCCGUCGACCGCUACGGUCAAGGGCGACCUUACGGAGGCCGAGAUGUCGGCCGGCGAGUGGGUGGACGCCUGCUUCCUCCGCCACUCGGCCCCCUGGGUGGUGGGCUACUGCGUGGCGUACACGGCCGUGUUCGUGGUCGGCGUCGUGGGCAACUGCUGCGUGCUGCGUGUGGUGAGCCGCAACGCGUCCAUGAAGAACUCGGCCUUCCACGCGCUGCUCGUCAACCUGGCCGUGGCCGACCUCAUGGUCAUCGUUUUCUGCCUGCCUGUCACCCUGGUCGGGCACUUGUUUGGACCUUGGCUGCUUGGUUUGUUCGUUUGCAAGAGCGUCUCAUACCUGCAAGGGGUUUCCGUUUGUGCAUCCGUCAACACUCUGAUGGCCAUUUCAAUUGACAGAUACUAUGCCAUCUGUUACCCAAUGAAGCGACAGAUUAGCCUGCGCACGUGCCGUGUCGUUAUUGCCGUCAUCUGGGCAUUCAGCCUGACCAUUACGCUGCCGUGGACCUUCUUCUUCCGGCUCAUGCCCAUGCUGAGCGAGAGCGAGACCACGCUGCAGGUGUGCCGCGAGGACUGGCCUACCGAGGGGAUGGGCGUGCUGUACUUCAUCGUGGCCAACUUGGUGCUCUGUUACCUGCUACCGCUCUGCGUCAUCACGCUGUGCUACGUGUUCAUCUGGCUCAAGGUGUGGCGGCGCCGUCCUCCGGGCGAGGCACACGACUUCGGCGUCGAGAACAUCAUACAGCGCUCCAAGAUAAAGGUGGCCAAAAUGCUGCUCGUCGUGGUCGUGGUGUUCGCCAUCUCGUGGCUGCCCCUCUACGCUAUCUUCGCACGGCUCAAGAUGGGCGAGCCACUGGCCGACGGCAGCCUCGAGCAGUCGCUGAUCGAGGUGGCCGCGCCGGUAGCUCAGUGGUUAGGUGCCUCCAACAGCUGCAUCAACCCCAUCCUCUACGCUUUCUUCAACAGCAAGUUCCGCAUGGGCUUCAAGGCCAUCCUCUUCCGGCGCAACUGCUGCUGUUGCUGUUGGUGUUGCGACGGCGCCAACGGCGGCCGUCGUCGCUCGGCGGCCAGCGUUGCGCGCCACGAGCUCUCCUGCAACCGGCCUUCGAGCGUGAGGACUUCCCUGGCCGUGGCGCGCAGGAAGGAUUCGCGCCUUUCGGAUGUGUUCUGACUCUCGCUGUAGAGAAAUACCGCAAAGAU